AUGAAGCUCCGUGUGCGAUCCGCCCAAGGCGGCGCCACGCAUCGCAUCGAAGCGCCGCAGCACUGCUCGCUCCGCGCGCUCCGGGAACUCGUCGCCGCCUCGUUCGGCGUUCCGCCCGCGGCCCUACGCCUAUCACUGAACAAACGCGAUGCCCUCACCGAUGGCGGCGCAGGCCCUGACGUUGCAAUUUCGGAGCUCGGGAUUCGCGGCGGCGACUUGAUUUUUGUGCUGGCGGAGGGCGCGGGAGGUGCGGGGGGCGCAGGUACCGCGGAGGGGACGGUUCUUGCUGACGGCGCGGAAGGCGGCGGGAGAAGCGGAGGGAUUAGGAGGACUAUUGUAGGCUCUGGUGUAGACGGAGCGAAUUCAGCAGUACCAACACAACCAACACCGCUAGCUCUGCCAACAGCAGCAGCGCCAGCAGCCGCAGCGCCCGCAGCAACAGCUGCAGUGGCGGUUGGGAGCGAGGAGUGGAAGCGGCAGCGCAGGGAACGGUGCGCCAGUGCUGCGCUCAGCAGGGUGGCGGGCGCGGAUGAGCGCGGAGGGGCGGGCGAAAGUGAAGGCAGUGGAAGGGCUGCUGGUGAUGGGGUAGCAGCAAAGGACUCGACGGGUCGAGCAGGAGAGGGAGUGGGCGAGGCAGCAAUGGAGGUGGAAACAGGAGAAGGAAAGACUGGUCAUGAGCCAGACGACAGAUCACCACAAGCACCAGGAGCAGCAGCAGCAGCAGCAGCAGCAGCGGUGGUGGGAGCAGCAGUGAGAGAGGGAGAGGUGGAAGAUACAAGGGUGUGGCAUGCCCUGUCCCCAGGUGCAUGGCUGGCGCUGGCUGUGCAUGCUGCUAUGAUAGAGUCCGGAUUCACUUCCGUGAGCCCUGCUGCUUUCGGGUCAUGGUGGCAGAAGCGCAGAGAGAGAGAGCGGGCAGAGGAGGAGGAGAGGAUGCUGCGUGAAGCAUCAGCUCGUGCUGCUCGCUCCCGCUUCUUCCCCCCGUUUCACCGCCCCCAGCCCUUUCUCCCCCCGCCAGGGGGAGGGUUCGCCCCUCCUGGCAUGAUCGGGGGGGAUUAUGACCGUUUCCCAGGUGUUGGGGGAGGGGGUGGGGGCGGGUUUGGGGGGUUUGGGGGCAUGGGCGGGGUGGGGAUUGGGGGAGGGGGGAUGCUGGGCGGAGAUGGGAUGAUGGGUGGGAUGUUUGGACCGGAUGGGAGGGUGAUUGGGGGGGAAGGGGAUGGGAUGGAUGUGGAUGGUGGGAUGGGUGGUUCUAGAGCCAUGAGGGAGGCCUUGGGGGGAGGGCAUGGGGGGGUGGGAGGAGUUGGAGGAGUGGGAGGAGUGGGAGGAGUCGGGAGGAGGGGAGGUGGUCGUGGUGGCAGUCACAGCACCGGCGCGCUUCUCGUGCGCUUGCUCCAGUCAACCUCCCUGCCACCCGUGGCCCCUCCCUCCAUGCCCAGCCCCAGCACAGGCGCGCUUCUCUUGCGCUUGCUUCUAUCCACCUCACUCCCCCCCGCGGCCCCUCCUCCCUCCAUACCCAACCCCAGGUGA